AUGUGGGAGCAAGACGAAUUUGCUAAACAUUGGCGGAACGAAUUCCCGGACGGCGAAGUCCCACAAAUGAAUUUAAAUACGGUUGAUGACAUCGAGUCGCAGCUGGAGGCUUCGAAAGCCAACUUGAAGCGGCUCCAGAAGGCUCUUUCCGAGGAGAAAUUCAAGGUGAUCUACCUGCAGACCACCAUGGCGCGACAGAAGAACGACGCGGAAAGUUGUCACGGCAAAGACGUCAACUUUAACGCCGAUGCCUUCGUCACACCGAAGAACUUUAAGAUAUCUCAAACACGGAGCGAGGGAUGCGACGGGAAAAGAUCCAAAGUGUCUGAUGUGGGGAGUGGGACAUUCCAGUCGGGUAACGCGACGAGUAAUUCGUUCAGCCGGGAGCGGAGCAAAUUCAGCGGCAAGACUGGCAAGCCCGUCCCCAUCCCCGUCCCCCCUCGUAAACCGAGUAAUCCGAGACUGAACCCUCCCGGCGUCUCUCAAACGAAGAAUAAUGGUGACAACAGUGACAAAGAAUAUGAGGAUUUGGAGCUGAAUGAGAAUUUUGUCAGGAAUAACCUGUUAGUACCAAAGUCAGGGAGUAGAGACAAGCAGAAGCCGAGCAGCAUCCGUCUCCCGGACACUCUGCGGCCUUUCCGUCUGAGUCGAGACUUUGACUCCGGGGAUGACAGUCGGAUGUCGCCGCCUUUCCUGCACAUUGGACGUGGUUCAGGCUGCAGCACGCCAGACCGGAGGAGUGAUGGCUACCUCAGUUCAGAGCAUGACGACGACUCUUCUGCAGAUUUUAACUACAACACAGAUGGCUACGAAGGGGAUGGCGCAGAAGAUGGCAAGUCCCAAGAUGGCUCCGAGACACUGCCCUAUAUAGACGAAUCCCCCACCAUGUCUCCCCAGCUGUGCACACCUCAAGGACCAGACGGAGUAAUGGUCUCCCCCACACCACUUCUUCCUGGGGGAGACAUUGAGAAAGGACUAGAGAUGAAGAAACUGGUGCUGUCUGGUUUCUUGGCCAGUGAGGAGAUCUACAUUAACCAACUGGAGGCCUUGCUAUUGCCAAUGCGUCCCCUGAAAGCCACAGCCACCACCUCGCAGCCCGUCCUUACCAUCCAGCAGGUGGAGACCAUCUUCUACAAAAUCCAGGACAUCUUUGAAAUCCACAAGGAGUUCUACGACGCGCUCUUGCCCAACAUCCGACAGUGGGAUGAGAAGGUCACUGUAGGCCAUCUGUUCCAGAAACUGGCCAGCCAACUAGGAGUGUACAAAGCCUUUGUGGACAAUUAUAAGGUGGCACUGGAGACGGCAGAGAAAUGUAGCCAGGCCAACAGUCAGUUCCAGAAAAUAUCUGAGAAUCUGAAAGUAAAAGGUCCUAAAGACUCAAAAGAUUGUACUUCAACAGUCACAAUGGAAGCUCUUCUUUAUAAACCCAUUGACCGUGUGACAAGGAGCACCUUAGUUCUUCAUGACUUGCUGAAACACACCCCAAAGGACCAUCCAGAUUUCCCUCUCCUGCAGGACGCUUUGCGGAUAUCUCAGAAUUUCCUCUCCUCCAUCAACGAGGAGCUUGACCCCCGCAGGACCGCUGUCACCACACCCAAAGGAGAGGCUCGUCAGCUGGUGAAGGAUGGCUUCCUUGUGGAGAUGUCAGAAAGCUCCAGGAAGCUACGACAUGUCUUUCUCUUCACUGACCUGCUGCUUUGUGCCAAAAUGAAGAAGACCUCUGUUGGUCGUCACCAGCAAUAUGAGUGCAAGUGGUACAUCCCUCUUGCAGACUUGACUUUCCAGACUCUGGAUGAGUCUGACUCUUGCCAUAGUAUCCAAGUUCUCCCGGAGGAUGAGAUUGAAGAAAUGAAGAUGAAGAUCUCACUCUUGAAGAAUGAGAUACAAAAAGAGAAGAAAGCACCAAAGGGUCAGAACCGCGUGGAGCGUCUAAGGAAGAAGAUGAACGAACAGGAAUCUUGGCUGCUGCUUCACUCCCCCACAAUCCCGUUCCGCCUCCACAACAAGCAUGGCAAGAGCUACCUGUUCCUGCUCUCCUCAGACUAUGAGAGGUCAGAAUGGCGGGAAAGCAUUCAGAAGCUCCAGAAGAAAGACCUUCAGGCGUGUGUAUUAAGUUCAGUAGAGUUGCAGGUCCUGACUAGCUCCUGUUUCAAACUCCGAACCGUCCACAACAUUCCCGUCACCAGUAAUAAAGACGAUGAAGAAACUCCAGGCCUGUACGGCUUUCUUCAUGUGAUUGUUCACUCUGCCAAAGGAUUCAAGGAGUCAGCCAAUCUGUACUGCACCCUCGAAGUGGACUCUUUUGGAUACUUUGUGAGCAAAGCUAAGACCAGAGUCUUCCGAGACACCGCUGAACCUCAAUGGAAUGAAGAGUUUGAGAUCGAGUUGGAGGGAUCCCAGUUCUUACGAAUCCUGUGCUAUGAGAAGUGUUACGAUAAAAGCAUGCUCAACAAGGAAGACAACGAGAUAGUGGACAAGAUCAUGGGCAAAGGGCAAGUUCAGCUGGAUCCUCAAACGGUGCAGUCCAAGAACUGGCACAUGGACGUCAUCGAGAUGAACGGGAUAAAGGUGGAAUUCUCUAUGAAGUUUACAAGCAGGGACCUGAGUUUGAAGCGGACGCCAUCCAAAAAACAGAGUGGUGUGUUUGGAGUCAAAAUCAAUGUGGUAACAAAGCGCGAGCGCUCCAAAGUGCCUUACAUUGUCCGCCAGUGCAUUGAGGAAGUGGAGAAGAGGGGAAUCGACGAGGUGGGAAUCUACAGGAUCUCAGGGGUGGCCACUGAUAUCCAGAACCUCAAAACAGCAUUUGAUACCAAUACCAAAGACAUCUUGGUGAUGCUGAGCGACAUGGACAUCAACGCCAUCGCCGGAACCCUCAAGCUGUACUUCAGGGAGCUGCCGGAACCUUUGCUCACCGACCGCCUGUACCCGGCCUUCAUGGAGGGAAUAUCGCUCUCCGACCCUGCGGCAAAGGAGAACUGCAUGAUGCACCUCCUACGCUCGUUGCCCGACCCCAACCUCAUGACCUUCCUCACUCUGCUGGAGCACCUCAAGCGGGUGGCAGAGAAGGAACCCAUCAACAAGAUGUCCCUCCAUAACCUGGCUACAGUAUUUGGCCCCACUCUGCUCAGACCUUCCGAGUCGGAGAGCAGCAAGGGACAGACUAUUACCUCGGCCUCUGACAUCUGGUCACAUGACGUCAUGGCACAGGUGCAAGUGCUGCUCUACUACCUGCAGCAUCCUCCCAUCUCCUUUGCUGAGCUUAAGCGAAACACGCUCUACUUCUCCACCGACGUUUAAGCCCAUCUCACCCGCGUCGGGGUGACAAACGAAGAGUGAGAGACUGCUGACGACUUCCGGUCCUCUUACCUCGCCUCUCCUGCAAGCGCGCAUCUCCUCUUGACUGUACAGCACUCCCCCCCUCCAAUCUUAUUCCGAGUCCCUCCGCCCUGCAUAGGAAGGUGGUGACUUUUUUUGUGGUUUUCAUAUAAAGUUACGUUUGAAAUAAGAGGAGAGUCGAACGCAUUCGGAUGAGAAAGCGUUCGGAAGCCGCCCUGGUUCAGUUUUUGCGGGAGAGGAGGGAUUUUGGAGGCCACAGCCUGGCGCCGUGGCACCGGAUCAAGCCCGGGGACGCGGCGUCGAGCCUUGUCCCCUGUUUAGAGGCAUUCCACAACUGCAUUUAUGUUUUAUAAUAUUUCUGUUGUUUCCUUUUUCUGUCUUUCUGGCUUUGCGCACGUGGAGGAGAAGUUGUGUUUCUGUGAAUAUGUGUGUGUGUGUGUGGGGGGGGGGGAAUGAAUGGCUGGCAAAGAGUGUCUAUUUCUUAAGAAGACAUUCUCUCCCCACUGAUUCUUGGCCAGAUUAGCCCUAUUUAUUUUAAAUAUCUAUAUAUAUAUAUAUGUGCCUGUACAGUUGUGUGCAACUAGAGAGAUGCUCUAAGGAGUUUUGUUUUUUGAAGUCUAUUCAGGUUGUGAUGUUAUUUUGUAGUCACAUUUGCUCACUUACCAUAUUCAUGGUAAGUUGUACGGAAACGUUCACCACAGAAUUUGUUACCCGCCACUUUGUCGAGAAAAAAGGUUAGUUGGGACUCAAUAGGGAGGUAAAACACAAAAACUGAUUUUCUUUUUUUCUUUCUUCGUGUUGCAUUGCAAGCCUGUUUCAAGCAUCUCACUGCACCGAUUGUGUAGUUGCCCUCAUUGCAUGUUCAGAUGGUGAUUGAAAUGAGGCAAAGUAACGCAAAGAGACCUUUUCUGCUUUGUACAAAGCCAAUCUUUCAUGCUGUCAGGUCUGCAACAUAUUGAAGAAAUACUGCAAAAAAAAAAAA